ACUUUUCUUGUACUACUUGUUAUCCUAUUGUAGAACAACCAUCUAUUCCAUUUCUAACUUUUACUAACUGGGUUAACUUAAAUUAUCACAUCACUAAUCAUUCUCAAGCUACUAUUCAAAUUUUUGAACAUCUUUGUAAUCAUCCUUUAAACAAUCUUCCUGAGUUAUUUAUAAGGAAUCUUAUUUUUAGCUUUCAUUACUUUAUAAACCCUGAUAACUAUCUGGAUAUUCUUAAUAACUUUUGUAAUAUUUAUAAUCAAAGUAAUCAGUUUGUUGAAGAUCCUUUAGGCCCUCAAGUAGACACCAGUAAUUAUAUACAGAAAAUUGACUCUAAUAGUGACAACUUAAUUGAGUUAGGUGAGGACUCUGAUGACACUGUAACUGAAGUACCUAAAAACUAUACUUUUUCUGAUUCUGAGAGUUCUAAAGAGAAAAUGGCACGUGAACAAGCCCAAGCCCUUAAUAACUUAGCUACUCAAAUUGCACAUCUAGUAAAUCAGAUUCAUUAUACUUCGCCUUUAACAUUUAAUGUAGCUGCCUCUUCACUACCUCAAAUCUUUGUCAAUAGACUUCAUCAAGAGUUAUCUAUAGCUAUAGCCCCUUUUACUUCUAAUACUUUACAAGCAGCUUAUGAUAGAGCUAAAGCAUUUAAAAAUAUAUAUAAACAGAAUCUCACCUAUAGUACUUCUUAUAGUAUACCCACUAUAGCCCCCAGACAUUCCUUAAACCCAUUUGUCACUUUGCCUCUUCCAUUUAAUAGUCUUGAUUCUGCAAUUGAAAAAUUAACCGAAGUCCUUAAUAGCACUGUAACUCAGAUUAAGAAAAAUAAUAGACCACUUCCUCAUAAUUCUCCUAAAAUAAUAUUAUCUCCUAAUAAUAACAAUCAAGGUUUUGUUCAUAUUUCUAAAGAAGACUCUCCUUUCUUUGCUAAUGGUGCCACCCCUAAACAGCAUGAUAUUAGAAGUCAUAAGCAUGUUAGGGUAAAGUCUGAGAGAACAAAUAAACUAAUUGAAUCAAGUUUUAUAGAGUUACCUAAUCUACCAGAGCAAGAUAAAGAUAGUAAUAAGCCUAGAGCUUCUAAUAAACCAACUAAAAAAACUAUAGUCUCUUAUAAGGAUGUAGAUAAUGAUUCAGAGGAGGAGAUAACUGAUAAAGAGUUUGAAGAGGAAGAGCUUGAAGAUAGGAUUUUUAACUUUGUUAAGAUAGAUAAAUAUGGAUAUUUUAAUAAAUAUUAUAGUAGGAAUAAUGAUGCUAUUAUAAAGACUAGAUUAAAUCCAAUUCUCAAGUUAUAUACUACUUCUAAACUCUUUGAUAUUAAUAAUCCUUCUAUAAUAAACUCUGUUAUUUCUAUAAAUCCCAAUCACCUAACUUCUGAUAAUAAUAUUAUUAAGUUCUCUGCUAUUCCUGACUGUGAGGAAGAUAAUAAUAAUAUUUUUAAAGUUAAUUUAAUUGAUAAAUUGACUGAUUUUUAUUUUGAUGAUAAGAAUAAUUAUAAUAAGACUUCUAAUGUUUUUGGAAGAACUGGGUUAACUAA